CAAAUUUGGGAUUACAUAACCACUAGACCAACCAAGAAAGGAGAAUAUAAAAAGCCAGUCAUGGAAUGUUUAUAUUUGUUGGGCUGGAAAGUUGGGUUAAGAAUUAGUGAAGCCAUCAAUUUUGAUUUGUCCUUAGAAAACCAAGAACCAUCUUUUAAAAACUUGUAUCUUUUACGUGGUAAAGAGCAAGUAAAAAAGGAGAUGAAUAUUAGUGAGAAAGUAGAAUUAGCACCGCAUACUUUACGCCGAUGCUUCGCUACUUAUCAGGCUAUUUCAGGAAUGCCCUUGCCUGUUUUGCAGAAAGUUUUAGGACACUCUAAAAUAAGCACAACAGCCUUAUAUAUCAAAGAUUCUGAUUUAAGUAAUUUGGUGAAAUUCCGUCCAGUCUAA